AUGCACAGCUCGGUCACGAGACGACAUGGUCCGGCUAGUUGCGCACGUGACAGCGAGCAGCGACGCGACAGUGGCGAGCGGUGGCGAGCGUUAGCGAGUGGCGGGCGAGGCGGGAGCGUGCAGCGACAUGCUAUAGGCCCCUGUCCUUCUUUCCCUUUCCCCCACUCCUUCUAUCCCUUCCCCCCUGUCCUUCCUCCUUUCCUCCAUGUCCUUCCCACCCUUUCCCCCUGUCAUUCUCUCCCUUUCCCCUUAGUCCUUCCCUCCCUUUCAUCGUUUUCGUUCCUCCUGAUGCUUAAUCCUCCCCCCUGUUCUUUCUUCCCUGUCCCCCUAUCCUUCCCUCCCCUUCUUCUCCCUCCCUCCUUUCCCCUCUCCCAACCCACUGCUUCGCCCUGCUCUCAUCCGUCCCCUUGCCCCCAUUCGUCCCUUUUCCCCCACUACCGUCGCUGCUUUUCCUGCUCAUUUCCCCCUUUCCUGAACCCUUCCUUUUCCUCUCUCACAUCCCUUCCCGGCAUUCCCCCCUGCCACCAUCCCCCAUGGCACAUCCUCCUAUGCCACACCUUCAGUUUCACGCCUCCCCAUUCCCGAACUCCCCUUGUCCGUCGGUCCCUUGGCGUCUUGCCCUUCCCUGCAGGCAGCAAAGGCGCGACGGUAGCAAGCGGCUCGCUCUCACUGUCUCUCCACCACCAAUCCUCCUCUCCCCCACUCCCGCCGUCCCUCCUUUCCCCCGUUACCAUUCAAACCUUCCCCCCGUCCCCGUCCCUCCUUCCAUCGGUGUCCGUCCCUCCUUCCCCCACCAUCCACCCUUUACCCUACCCUUUCCCACCAUUCACCCCUCUCCCGGCCAUCCCUUUCCCCCCUCUCCUGUCCCUCCCCAUUCCCCUCAUCCGACCCUUCCCUUUCCACUAUGACCCCACGGUGGCAGGCGUAACGACAUCCAACCCUCUGCUCCACCGCUCCCAACUCCACUGCUUCCCUUCACCCACCCCGCUGCUUCCCUUCACCCACCCAACUACUUCCCUUCACCCACCCCAUCACUUUGUGUCGUCGUGCACCCCACUGUUUCUGCCAACCCUCCAUUCAAUUUCCCCAUCAAACAUUUUUCACUUCUUCGGCUGGUGUCCUUCCCUACCCCCCUCCCCCCCUGCUAUCGUCCCCCGCAAGUGGUCCACCCCCACGCCACAACCCCCCCGCGACGCUCCCCAUGCCGCCGUCCCGCCGCCAUACACCGCGUCGUCAGUCACGGGCGCAGUAAUACAGAUGGACGCAUCACACCACCUGUCAGACGGCUCUACCACCAAUAGCAACCUCCUAGCCGUUGAUAUCAAGGGCCAGGGCCCCGUGCCUUUCAGCGUGGCUCGGUGGAACCCGGGGGACCUGUCGCCGAGGCUCGGGCCGAGGCGGCCGUACUCGCAGCCGAACCUGGCGAUUCUGAUGGAGAUGCGCGGGUUUGAUACGGAUGACCCGGAGAAUGCUGCCGUGCAGGCGUGGAGUCCGAGCAUCAACAUGGGCGUGAUGAUGGCGAGUGUGGCGCUGAAUGGGCAGCAGUGGAACCGAUCCAAGCCCGUAUUCUAUGGCACCGUGGCAUGUGCCACGUCAUCAAGGGCCUAUGGUUACAACAUGGAUGAUGGGACGUUCACAAACAAGGAGCCCAAUCUCGACAUCACAGUUGGGCAAGCGGGAGCAGAGGAGGAGGGAAGUAUCGACGUGGCUAUUGCAUGGUUCCCCUACUAUCAAGGCUGGAUCGGCGGGUACCUGAACGCACCAGACCCACCAGCGUACCGGCCUUCGUCUCGCUCCUCCUGGACCAGCUGGGGUUCUUUCUCCUCCGCCCUGCCUGCUGAUGCCAACGAGGUGCUGUCAUGGCAGCACAUGGGCGCCACUCUGCGCCUGCCACACGCGCAUCCAUCCCAGGGGAUGCUCUUCCUGCUCAACUCCUAUUCCGGCCCGGAGAACAAUGACCUCAACAUCAUGAGCACUUAUCCCACCUCCGAUGGCGCGUGGUGGGUGCAGGUGCGCAAGGACAGCACAGACAGUGCAGAUGAUCUAGCGCCGCCUUCUCAGGCCUCCUUUGCGUUCGUCUACAUCCCUUACAAUGCUGCUGGCCUAAUCGGAGCCCACAUAGAGGGCAGGUCCGGCACACCAAUCAUAGGCGCGGGACAGUUCCGAAGCUGGAGGUUAGGCCCGGGGCGAUACGAGCUGCAUGUGGUGCCCAUGGGGCGGCACUAUGCCGAAGCAGAGCCCAUCACACACAAGGACGGAGCGCUGCUGCUGCAGGUGAUGAGCCACGACACAGCCAAACACGAGCACGCACAGCACGCCUUCCUCUCCUACGACAUUGCUGCUAACGGAUCCAUCUAUGUGGAGGCGCGGAGCAUGCGCAAGGGAGGCAACGGCGAGGAGUUAUUCUACCUUGUGGACACAGACUUCGCAUUUGCAUGGAUUGAUUUCCACAACCCCAUCACGCCUAACCCACUCACCUUCACAGGCCGCCUACCCCAGAUGAUCCAAGAGACAGACUUCUGGAGCGGUCUCUUUGUCACUGUCUUCGUCUACUCGCUGCUCCUCCUCGCGGGCGGCCUCUAUCUCCUCUACACCACCCGCCUGCACCGCACUGCUGCUCUUGCCUUAGAUACCAUGAUCCAGGAGACAGACUUCUGGAGCGGUCUCUUUGUCACUGUCUUCGUCUACUCGCUGCUCCUCCUCGCGGGCGGCCUCUAUCUCCUCUACACCACCCGCCUGCGUCGCACUGCUGCGCUAGCCUUUGAGCGCCUCAGCACGACCGACUCCCUCCCCUCGCACUUCCCCCUUGGGGAAACGGCUAGUGAAACUCGGCGUGGGCUCGCUGGGAGUGCUGGUGGUGCCAGGGGAGGGGUAGAUUCUAGUGAAGAUGAUAGCAUCACAGGGGCUUUGCUGGGCGGGCAGGAGCAGCAGCAGCAGCAGCAGCAGCAGCAGGAGCAUGGGGGUGGGGCCUCUCAGCCGCUGUCGCCUCUGCCGGAGUUGGAUGAGGAUGAUAGUGCGGAAGAGAGAGAGCAGGGGAAAACGGGCAGUGGAGCAACGUCUGCUGCUAUUGCUCCUGCUCCUGCUGCUGCUGGCAGCGCUAAGGGGACGAAUUAG